AUGUCUGACAUCCUACUCGACUCCCUUCCUUAUUAUGAUCACGAUCUGGAGGAGCCAACUGGGACCCUAAAACAGUUGGUCAAUGCGGAGAUAACCAAGGAGCUUCAGAGUGUCCAGCACGUAGGGGAUGACCCUCGUCUGCCACCUCUCAUCCAGUUGUUUACGGUGCAAAAACCCAUGCUGGCUGCAGAGCUCGAACGUGUUGAACGAGGAGAGCCGCUUCCCCCACUCGAUAUGACGCGCCAUCAACUACCAGCACCAGCAGACCAAGCAAACGCGACAGAGGAGGAGUGGCAAAAGUCCUUGCAAAAUGCAAAAGCUCAUUGGAGCACCAACGCCGCAGUGAACCUAUCGCUGUUGCAAACUUAUGGUGCCAACUCCUGGAAGGUCCACAACUUCUUGCUAGAAGAGGACGCCAAGAGGGUCGAAAAGGCUCUUGAGGUCACCAAGGAGCAGAGCACCGAGGUCAACCGUGCUCGCAAGAACGCUCAGCUCACUGCAGGUGCCCAACUCACCGCUCUCGAAAACAAGUGGACAGAGCUCAUUUCACGAAACUUGCAAAUCAGCAUGGCCAAUCUAGCGCUCGAAGCAAUCUAA